CCCAUUAUGAUAGGCAUAAUAUCAAGCAAAACCUUCUGGUAAUUAUUGUGAACAUUAAUUAGUAUUGGUUGCACGUUAUAACAUUUAUAUUAUCAAGCCGGUCACCAGAAUCUGCUAAUGCAGUCUUUUCCCUGGGGAAUGGAAAGAUCCACUGGAUGUGCUGUUUUAUUUCUCCUGACGGAAACUCCCAGUUUCCUCCUCCCCCCUCAGCUCCCUGCGUUGGUGCUAUUUGAGCUAAGCACUGCUAUCCGAUCUCACUUGCACUAUGCACAGUUGUUCAUUCUCUGCGUUCCCUCAGCAUGUCUCUGCCAACACAGCAGCCACAGUUCCAGUCUCCUCGGCCAUGCGCUCAUGCUCUCUACUCUGGGUCUUGCCUCUGGUCCUCCUCCUGCUGCCCUCGGGGUCAAGUUGCCCCAAAGGCUGUAUCUGUAAAGAUGCACAUACCAUAGACUGUAGGGACUUGGGACUCUCUGAUCUGCCGACCGGCAUCUUCCCUCUAGUUGUUAGGAAGCUCCUGAUGAGCAACAACCAAAUCCAGGAGAUACCAGCUGACUUCUUCAUGUACUAUGGCGACCUGGUCUACCUAGACCUCAGCAACAACUCACUAUCCACCAUCAGUAAAGGAACCUUCAGUACCACAAAACUGAUCUACUUGGACCUGAGAUACAACAACUUCUCCCAGCUGAGUUCUGGUGCCUUUAGCUCGGCACACAGGCUGAUCAUGCUACGACUGGGGAACAAUCCAAACCUGGAGAAGGUGGACAAGGAAGCCUUCCAGAGUUUGAACGUCCUCCAGGUGUUGGAGCUGAACGACAAUGCGCUGGAGGUCUUGAGCGUCACGGUCCUCAGUUCUUUACCAUCCCUUCGGACACUGAGGCUAGAGGGAAACCCCUGGCUCUGUAACUGUACUUUCGCUCAUCUUUUCCUCUGGUUGAAAGACAAUGCUGAUGUUCUGCCCACAGGAUUCGGCGCGAUCCAGUGCUCCUUGCCCAGGGAUAGGAGGAAGGUCACCCUCAGUGAGUUAUCUGACAACAGUUUCAACGAAUGCGAGUAUUCCCUGACUCUGACUGACUACCUGAUCAUCUUCUUCUCCGGCGUCUGCGUCUCCAUCACCGCCAUCACCACAAGCUUCUUCUUGGCCAACAUGGCGCAAUGCUUCCAGAGACUGGGAUUAUUCAAGGACAACGACGAAGAAGAGGAUUAUUAACUGCGAGAAACAGACACCAAAAAAAAACGUGCAUCAUCAUGAUUUUUCUUAAGUAUUUCAUUUCAAAAGAAAUGUUUUCUACUUAAAUAUAAAGUUGCAUAUUAAAAUGUAAUAUUUGC